AUGGGCUGGUUCGACGGCCCUUCCAGAUCGUCUUCAAGGGGUGCCUAUGUGCGUCGACGCAGCUCUCCCGCUCGCAGUAAGACUGGCUAUCAUUCAACCCAGCAUUCGCGACACUCGGCCCCGUCUAUUUUCUCUCUCGGUCGUGGGGGAAGCGGAGGCCGAUCGCGAAGCCCCUCAGUCUUCUCCUCCUUCUCCUCCUCAUCGCGACGAGCUCGGCCUCGGGAGGGAUUUGUCCAGCGUAUGAUUCAUGCCAUCAAGCGACUCUUCCGUGAUAUCUAUCGCUACGCCCGACACCACCCCAUUAAGGUGUUUCUGUUAGUCAUCCUCCCACUGCUGACGAGCGGUGUCCUGCCCAAGUUACUCGCCAUGAUUGGCAUCCGCCUGCCUCAUGGCAUCACGAGUGCUCUCGGGGGCGCCGGCGCCGGCGCGGCGCGGGGUGGAUUAGAGGGAAUGGGGGGCAAGGGCCUCUCGGAGAGCGUCAAUGGCUUGGUGAGCCUGGCGAAGAUGUUCGCCUGA